AUGCCCAUCCUCAAGCAGCUCGUCUCCAACUCUGCCCACUCCAAGCGGCGCUCGCGGGCCGACCUGACGGCCGAGAUGAUCAGCGCUCCGCUGGGGGAUUUCCGCCACACCAUGCACGUGGGGCGCGCGGGCGACGCCUUCGGGGACACCUCCUUCCUCACCAGCAAGGCCGGGGAGCUGGGCCCGGAGGUGGGUGAGGAGCUGGGCACCUCCAAACCCAGCCUGCUCUCCCGCCGCUUCCGCAGCAGCAAGCGCUCACAGUCGGUGACGCGAGGUGACCGGCGGGACAUGCUGGGGUCGCUGCGGGACUCGGCCCUCUUCGUGAAGAACGCCGUGUCCCUGCCCCAGCUCAACGAGAAGGAGGUGGACAGGAGCGCGGGGCAGCUGCCCAAGAGCCUCUCCUCCAGCCCUGUCAAGAAGCUGCCCGAGGAGGAGAGCUCUGAAGAGCAGCAGCGCGCAAACGGGGCGACCGCGGGGCCGCUGAGCCCCGGCUUGGACGAGCGCGACUUUGGGGACAUCACGGAGCUGCCCGUCGUGGUGGCCAAGAGCGGGACGGGCAUGAAGCACGCCGAGUCCAUCAUGUCCUUCCACAUCGAUCUGGGGCCCUCCAUGCUCGGGGACGUCCUCAGCAUCAUGGAUAAGGAGCAGUGGGAGCAGGAUGAAGACCCUGAGGAGGAGGAGAGCCACGAGGAGGAGGCAGAUGCCACCGUGCCCAGCUCCCCAGUGGCUGCAGCAGCCCUGCAGAGCCAGAGCCCGUCCCGUGGCAUCAGUGGCCGCUACCCCAGGGACAGCAGUUUGGCAUCCAGCUCCGUCCCUGGGCCACCGAGCCAGCGGGGGGGCCCCCUGAAACGUCCUGACAAAGAGUUCUCGUUCGCCGACGAGGACGACGACGAGAUCAGAGUAUAA